UUGUUGAAAGUGGGGCAAAAAAAAAAAGAAUUUCCAGCACCAUCAAUGAAAGGGAAAGGAAGCUCCAUUAAUCAAAUAUGUUUAUCCGUGUUAUAUUGAAGAGCACAACACCUGUGCUUCUGGCACACCAUGUCUACAGGGGUGAAGCUCUGCUGCCUCGGAACCAUCCCCCCUGGUGUUCCACCACCAAUCAAACUGUGCCACAACAUGGCAUCAAGGGCAUGAGUGCCAAUUGCAGGGAAACCAGGCAGUGGUGCCUCUGCCAUCCAAUUACCUGAAAUGAAAAGCACAUCCCUUCGCUCAUUGUUUGAGGUGGUGUGGUACUCUUCAUACCUGAUGAGACACCAAGUUGUUGGUAAAAGACCUAAAGGGUCAGGGUCCUCUGAUAAAAGGAUUGCCAUGGACUCCACCUAGCCCCCACAAUUUGUGCAGUGAUCAAUUCAUAACUUUAAAAAGCAAUCAAUUACCCACGCAAAGCUUUUCACUUUUGUGCCACUGGAAACCAAAAGAGAAACCUCCAUUGCUGCUUCAUGUCCUCUAGUCUCUUCAUAAGUCAUUCUCAGACAAAAUCCACCCUUCCCUCUUCAACUGGUUGUGAUCACACCCCAUCCAUUUUGUGAGCAAAAGAAAUGAAAUCAAUGAAGGGAAGAUUCCUAAAGAAAUUGAAUUUCAUUCCAAGUAUAAGCACACUGAAACAAGGUCUAGUUUCCCAUCUGAACUCCACAGAAAGUUUUUCCUAUCAGAACCUGCAGAUACCACCAAUUUACAUACAAGAGGAUCACAAAAAAGACAUUCUAGCUGGUAGUUUUGGUGUAUCAAAGCACAAAACAGAAUCAAAAGAUGAAGAACUGGAUUUGGAACUUAAUUUUGUCGACAAGGUGAACAUUGCAACCUCCGUAUUAUCCAAUGACAGAGUGCCUGCCAUGGACAGUCCUGAGGCUCCAGUCUCAACGGAGAUCACCGUGGAGCAAGACACAGAAAAUGAAGCUGAGAAAAAGAUUGAAGAACAUCCAUCUCUUUCAGAUUUUGAAGAGAAAUGUCUUCCAGGAGGAAGCCAGUCUGUAAUUCUCUACACAACAAGCUUGCGAAGUAUAAGAAAGACAUUUGAGGAUUGUCAUGCUAUUCGGUUUUUGUUGGAAAGUUUGAAAGUAAUGUUCUACGAGAGAGAUGUUUCUUUGCACUUGGAAUUCAGGGAGGAACUAUGGAGGAUACUGGGUGGCAGAGUGAUUCCUCCAAGGCUUUUCAUAAAGGGAAGGUACAUAGGAGGAGCUGAUGAAGUGAUUGGCUUGCACGAGCAAGGUAGGCUGAAGAAGCUCUUGGUAGGUAUACCUCUCAACCUGUCUAAUUCCCCAUGCAAUGGUUGCGGCAACAAGCGAUUUGUUGUUUGCUCCAAUUGUAAUGGCAGUUGUAAGGUCUUUGAAGAUGAUCAAAAUGAGGAGAAGUGCAUUAGAUGCCCUGAAUGUAAUGAAAACGGAUUGGCUAAGUGCCCCAUCUGCAGCUGAAAGUCCAGCUAUUCUCCUGAAGCUCUUUGUUGAUUCUUUGCAAUUUACAAGUCUUAAAGUGGAAACAUAUUGUGGUUAAGAAAAAACGGGAAUAUAUUGAUUGCAUUUGCAUUGGAUGUCCUGAGAGUAUAGAGAGAGAUAUGAAGUGACCCUUUGUUGCUGCAAAUCUGGCUGCCAUUUCUUUCUUGAAGUCAUUCUUGAUCCUUUUGUCGUAUGUAACUUCUGCUGCCUCUUCUUUGUUUCAUUUUUAUUUAUUUUUGUUACAGCAUGUUGUUUGUACAAUUGUUAGAAACAGAUGAUGCAUUAGGUUGCAAAGAUAGACCAAACUGCUAUUCUAAUUUUACAGGAUUCUCAAGUGAGGAUUCCUUUUACUUCUCUCAAGGAACUGUAUUAUGAUCUGAUCAUGUAAGGUAAUGAUAAUUAGUGGAAUAUCAGACAUGUGGAAGCAUGAUAGAGCUUCAUAUUA